AGUUACGCGUUGACAUAUCGAGUGAGAGGCCACAAAAUUUUUCUGCAAGUGUUGCGAACAGAGUAAAAGUGAUUUUUUUUUGUUUAUGAAAUAUUAAUGUUUAUACUGGCACAACGUAUAUUUUGCAUACAAAACAAUGAAAAAUAAAUGGCUUUAUGAUGUUACGUGAUUGAAAUUUGUAAACAAACCGUGUAGCCUAAAUAAAGGCACAAACAUAUUUACAAAAGAACUAGUGGAAAUAGCGAAAAUUUUUGGAGUAUCAAAGAAGAAAAAUUAAAAAGAUUGCAGUAUAUGGCAAAAUGGAAGCAUUUAAGACUACAUAACUGUUCCAGGAAAGAAUAAUCAAAAGUGAAUUAUUGAGAAAGUCGAGCGAUCUCCAUUUACGCAACAAGAACUGAGAAAUAUGCUGUCAAAUUUAAUUAUAAUGAAUGCAUUACUAAAGUAUAUUAUCGUGCUUAAACAAAAUAGACAGUAAUAUUUAAUAAAUAGAAUUCACCCUGAACAAAAGAAUAUAAUCAAUUUUGGCAGAGAGGAGAACACAAAUAUAUAACAGAAAAAACUUUUCUUCUAUAAUAAAUCUUCAUCUGUAGAAAAAGGCUCUGAAUGUGUGGAGCAAGUCAUUGAAUUAAAAGCAUAGGAAGUGAAAGUUUACUUUGAUAUACGAUAAAAAAUUACGUUUUGCUGCUUCAAGAAAAAUAUAAUAUAAGGAAAAGAAAGAAAACCUUCCAAACAGAUCAUGGAUGUUUACUGUCGAAGCUCUUACAGUUUUGCUCUCCUGUUACUCGUUGUAUUUAUUCAAGACUUUACCGAAUCGCUUCGACUGACUGAAGUUCGCAUACCAAAUCAUGUGAUAAGGAACAAUAGUGUUCGCUUGGAAUGUCAUUUUGACAUGAAUGGCGAAGCGCUUUAUUCAGUAAAAUGGUACAAAGAUGGAUGUGAAUUUUAUCGCUACGUUCCUCGUGACCACCCACCAGCACAAGUAUUUGAGUUGAAUGGAGUCAAUGUUGAUCUGCACAAUUCCACUGACACACAGGUUGUGCUCGAUAAUGUAAAUCUCGCGUCAACUGGCCGUUACCGUUGUGAAGUGUCUGCUGAAGCACCCUCAUUCCAAACAGUCUCGGAUCAUGGAGAUAUGGUUGUUGUUGGAGGUCGAGCACGCUAUCAAAUUGGUGAUGUCGUUCGAUUAAACUGCACAUCAGGCCGGUCAAAGCCAGCAGCUCACUUACAGUGGUUCAUAAAUGGAGAACCAGCGGACUCAAUGCUGACACGCCAAUACGAAACGAUAAUCACGGGACGCGAAGGCCUGGAGACGACAAUUCUCGGUCUUGAGUUUCGUGUACGACAACGUCAUUUCAAAAAAGGCGAUAUGAAAUUAAAAUGUUUGGCAACAAUCGCUUCAAUUUACUGGAAAAGCAACGAAGAAAGUGUAGAAGGUGACAGACCAUUAAGAACUCCUAUUUCGAGUCCAAUUGAGUCUCGUUCUGUGCCCUCAACAAGCUCGAAAGCUGAUAGAGUACAAGCUUCCAAUAGUUCGAAGAAACCUUCAAUUAUAUUUUUUGAAAGCAUAUUAAUUAAAUCAUUACUUUUAAUAAUUUCAUCAGCGGUUUUUCGGUAACUAUUUUAAGUUGGAAACUCUUAGAUAAGAAUGGAAAUUAAAGAAGAAAAAAAAGAAUCAGAAAGAAGGUCGUUGACAUAUCUUCAGUCUAUUGUUAAUAAUAAAAAUGUAUCGAAAUAAGUCCAUAUCCCCAUCCCUUCCAAUUGUAUUUUAACAACAACACAUCAGAUUGUAUCCACGUUGAUACACCAACAUGAGAGAAAUAUAAAAAACUAUUUUUUAAUUUAGCAUAAAUUUAACAAGGAUUUUUAUCACAUAAAACUACAAAAACAAGCAACAACAAAAAAAAUUGAAUGCCAAAAAAAGAGUUUUUAAUAACUUUUGAAAAUUUAGCAAAGCAUGUUUUUUAAUUGCAAAAACAUGAAAAAAAUAAUAUUUUUAUCAGGUUGAAAAUGCUGCUGCUGAUCAAAGUUUAAAUGUAAAAAAAAACUUUUUUAUUGAAAUAUUUCGUAUAAAGAAAGUAAAAAUAACCCAAGCUAUGUGAGUGUUCUCGAUGGUUUUGAAAGCUCUGAAGAUUUUUCCGAAGAUAUAAAUAUUAUAAACUGAGAAUGGCUGCAUUGAAACGAACAUUCUCCAGAAAUUAGUAUUCUAAUUGAUUAUAUCAACUUUAAUCAGAAAUGUAUAGAGAACUUUAUAAUUAGUAAUUAAAAGAAUUCAGCUUAAAUAAUUAAACUCUUAUCUUGCUGUUCAAAGGGAAAGUUUUGCAACUCAUCAAAUUCAACUGAUCUCGUGAAUGUUUAUAUUUCAUGGAAAAAGUAAAAUUGAUCUAAGAAUUUUUAUAAUUAACUCUCUUAUGGACACAAGUUACUUUAUGACGAGGAAAGUGACUGAGAGUUUGUCUUAUUUGUAAGCUUCAAAUUGUUGCAACUUCUUAUGAGAAUUAAUAUUUUAAUUUUAAAUAUUCCUCUUGUUCUCAUUUCUACUGCAUUCAGUCACUGAACUCAAUUUGUACAGAGUUUAUAAAAAGAAAUAUGACAAAAAAUGGUACAAUUAUCUACCUAAAUAUAAAUUGUUGUUCUUCUUAAUAAAGCUAACGUUUCAAAAGAGAACUUUUACAUAAAUCCUAAAAAAAAAUGUUUAAAGAAAAAUCUUUAAAAGACUACUUAAACUUUUUAAUGAAACAUAUUCAAGCAAAAGAGUUGGAAGUUUAUUCACAACAAUUUUGUUUUAAACUCGGUCUUAAGAUCAAAUUAAUCGUUAAACUUUCUCGUUUUAAAGUUUUGUCACCAAGAGAAUGUUAAUUUGAAUUUUUUUUUGAUCUAGAUAUUUCCG